AUGAAUAGCCUAUACUUGAAAAGCGAAAACGCAAUAACAUUUUGCAUGCAUACUGAAAAGAUGCAUAUCUUCUACUUAAAGGAAUGCGAGCAAUCAAAGCAUUUAAUAGUUAUUGAGGAAGAUUUACUUUCAAAUGGAUUAGUUAACAGUUUUGUUGUUCCUAAAGGAAGAAAUAUCGAGGCAGCAGGUUACAUUUUAUAGUUUAAUAAAAAGAGUGGAUAUCUUAUGCUAAGUUAUCCUCCUUGCAGAUUUGUUAUUUGGAAUGUCAACACUUAAGAGACAAUACUUUUCACUGAAACAAGAGGCAAAAAUCCUUACUUUAUAAACAAUUUUACCUUUAAUGAUUCCUCUCGUGUUCUUUUCUUUUCUGCUGUUGGAUAAAGAAAUGUAUACUGUAGUGCGCUUGUAGAAGAUAAUAAUACUUUUUCUUUUUAAAAGAAUACUAAACUGCAGCUUCCUAAAAAAAUAGUUGUACUAGAUUUAAAAUGCUAACCAAAUGAUAAGAGGUUAUUAGCUGCAUGCAGUGAUGGCAUAAUAAGAAUUUGGAAUUCGGAGAGUCUUUCACCACUUAGAGGAUUAAGUGAUCCUUAAAGUUAAUCAAAUGAAGUACUAACAGAGACUCAAGCUUACAGCAAACAUUACUUUACAUGCUUAGAAUUCUCUAGUGAUGGCCAAAGGCUACUAGCAGGUACAAAUUACGGUUAGGUAUACUGUUUCGACUCUAGAUCGUUGGGUAAUAAGCAUCUUACUUUAGCAUCAAUUAAUGUAGGAAGCACAGCAAUUCUAAGUUGUAAAUGGCUUUAAUAUAAUGGGCUCUCUUCUUCAAAAAAUUAAAAUUUUAUAGUUUAUACUUCUUAAAUUUCAUUAAAGCUUUUUAAGUAUUCAUUCUAAGGAAAUCUUCCUAGCUUGAUGGCAUCAAAAGCUCCAAAUGUUCAAUAAAAAGCUAGUGCUUAGAUUGUCAAAGUGCAAGAUCUUUACAAUCAUAGAUAAGAAAUAAAGCUCUAGGACUUUUAUGGAAUCAAUUUGCAAUUUGAAAAAUUCCUCUACAUUCAUGAAUUUGCUAAUUUCUUUGCAUUUAACACAUUCAAGACGAAAGCUCAGUUCUCAUAAUAAAAUAAAAACUCCUUUAAGCAUACUAUAUAGAUUUAUACUAUUUAUGAUAAGCUUUACGAUAAAAUAGACUUCCCUAUUGUUUCUCCUUAGUUUAAUCAUAGUUUCGAGUAGCUGCUUCCAAAUGAUUAAAAGUAAGUUUUAUUCUAGAGAUCUUCAUAUACAAUCGAGCAAAUGGAUAUUAAAAUGCUUUAAUUAGGUCAUGGUACUAUAAGGACUGUUGCAAGUUUAAAAUAAAUUUUAAUGUCAGAAGAUGUUAAAUUCUAUGGGUUAGAUACUAGACCACUUAAAAUGGAUUAUUCUACUAAUCAGAAAUAUUUAUUGUUUUAUAAAAUGGAUGAUCACUAUUACACAACAACAUUCAGCGUUAAUAUAGAAAGAAGUGAAGAAGAAGCAAAAAAAGAGGACUCCAUAAAUAAUUAUCUUGCAACUUAGAGCUAGCAGGCUAUAUUUUUAGGUGAAUCCCACUACAGUAAUCCUCCUAUUUAUUAUCUUGAUGAAAAUAUGUAAAGUUUUGCAGUAGAUUGCCAUACUGAUAAAAUUGAAGAGUAAAUAAGUAAGCUUUUACAGGAAUAAGGUUACUAAAUUAAAGAUGAUGAAAUAUCAGUUAAGGGAGAUCUUAGUUAGAAGAUAGAAAGAAUUUUUUCAACACCAUUUUAAAAAGGAUUUGUCAUUCUUUAUUUACUUGCAGAUAAUAAUAGGCUGUGUUUUUCUAGAAAUCGCCUUCCUGGGUAUAGAUUAUUGGACUUCGAGUUAGGACUCCCUUUAGCUAUUUCAAGCCAAAGUAACGCUUCAAACAAUAACUAUGUUUUCAUUGCUGAUGAAGAUGAUACUGUUAUUGAUGUAGUUUGGUAAAAUAUGAAUACUGAUAAUCCUGCAGUACAAAUAGGGGCUAUAAUUUGUAUUAAUAAAAUACAUUUUGUAAAUGGUAACUUGUAAAAAAUAAAAACAAUAAAAGUUUGUCCAUCUACUUCAGCUAAUUUGAUAAGCUCUGCUAAAUGGUUUGGCUCUGCUCUUAUUUUCAUCACAAGAACUCAUGUAUAGUACGCUUGUAUAGAUGGCACAACCAACUGUAUUUUAAGUUUAGACAGCUAUGAAAGCAAAUAGUGGCUAGUGGAAAUCAUGAUUGAUAGAAUUAUAAUUGCAUCAAAAUCUAACAUUAAAAAAAAGUAAGCCUAAGCUCAAGUUGACUACAAAAUAAAAGUAUUUUCUCCUGUAGAACCUCUGAUUUGUGGGUAUAUUGCCAAUUGUAAAUAUUUAAAAAGAGAAAUUAGAGAAAAGGAUAUUUGUUAAAUAAUAGAAACAUAUUAAACUAGUUUUAUUUCUUCUACACUACUUUAGAGCUUACAAAAAGAAAAACUUCAUCAUUUGUGUUAUUUUUACAUUUAUAAUUCUGAAAAUAAAUAACUACCUUGCGGAUAAAAGGUAGAAAUACUUGAAUAAAUGCUAAAAACAGAAGGAAUUUUAGACUUAUUGUUCCCAAGUAAAAAUUUAAAAGUAGAAACUGAUAUUAUUGAAAUAUUAAAAAGAAUGUAGUAAGAUCCAAGAGCUGUAGGUGAAGCUCAAACAUUAUAAUACCUAUGCUAAUAUUAUUUACUUAUUGGAGAGUUUGAAAGGGCUUUAAUUGUAUGUCAUCUUCUUUAGGAUUUUCGUAAAAUGUUUAUCAUCUCAAAAUCAACUAACAUUUAACCCCUUAUGAAUGCAUUUGCGGCAAAUUAUUUAAAUUCUAAAAUUGGAUUAAAUAUACACAAAAAUGAGAGAUACAUAUUAUAGUAAGCAGUAUCUGAAGAUAGUUAAGGUUAGAUCAACUAAACAGAUGAUAGUAUAGAAUCUUUCUACACUACAGAUAACUUUUCUUAUAAUAUUAUAAACAGUAUAGAAAGUGGUGGAAAAUCUAUUAGAAAUAGUGAGGUUUUAUAGGAGAUAGCUCAACUCGAUGAGGAGUUGGCUUAAUAUUUGAAAAGAGUUAUUAAUAGAAAAGAUAUUUAGUAAUCCUCAUUAGGCUUCGGACAGUAGUUAUUUAGUUAAGUUUUCAUUGAUAAAUUAGAUGAAGAUGAUGAUGAUUAGAAUUAGAAUUUGUAAGUAAUAGAACAUCACAACUUUGAGAAUAUUACAGACUAUUUGGGAAUCUAUUCAUCGUUUAUAGAAGCAUCUAAGAUGCACUAAGGAGGUUAAAGUGCUCAUGCUGGAGGAGGUUUUGGUCAGCAGGGAAUGAAUGAAGACAUGGCCGGGGAAGCUGCUGGAGAGGAAGAAGAAGAUUAAGAUGAAAAUAAAGAUAUAUUAAUUCUUUGGCGCUUUGACGAAGGCAAAGGAAACCAAAUUGGAGAUUUGAGUAACUAUGAAAUCGAAGGGCAAAUAAUUUCAGAGAAUGGAUAAUAAGAUAAGGUUUGGAAUUUGUUACAAGAAAGUGAUCCAUUAGAAAUAGAAGAUAUUUGGGGUAAAAAAGUACCACAUUAAUACAGUAUAGUUUUUAGUGGAGAACAAACAUUUAAUGGUAUUAAAACUUUGAGUGAGAAAUGGUGCAACAAGUAGAAAAAAAUAAAAGAAUUUACUCUAGAAAUGUGGAUCAAGGCGAAAGGUGGUGAUGGUCCUGUUUUUAGAGUUAUGAACUAGAACGAAACUAGCUUUGAAGUUCGCAUUAAAUAAUAGGAUAUUUAAGUAUUUGUUAAAAAUAAUCCUAUCAAAUUUGUAGCGUUCAAAGAAGAAGAAGAUGAAAAUAAUUAAAAGGAUAACUCAAAGUCAAAUGCUCAACAAGGAAAUGGAAAUAACUCUAUUCAAAUACCUCAAAAUGUUUGGACUCAUUUGUCAAUUUAAUACGAAGAUUCUGCUAAACUAUCCCUUUUCUUAAACUGCAAGGAACUCUAUUAGAGCGAAGAAGAUUUAGAUAUAGUUACAUACGAAACCUUUAAAAGUAAAGCACUCUAUAUAGGUUCUAAUACUUUUAUUGGAGAGAUUACUGAAUUCCGUUUAAGAAAAGAGAAACUGACUGUGAAUCAAAUACGUGAUUAGUAUAAAACUCCUCUACCAAUUGUAUAUGAAAAAAAGAAACAGAUAAAAUUCAAAGUUAAGAAGGGAGAUAACAAAGAUGACAAUAAACCUAAAAAUUAAUUUAACUUUUCUAUGCCCCCAAUUAUAGAUGAUAAUAUGAAUUAGUUUAAUACUAAUGCCUUUAAUUCAACUAAUUAAGAUGAAAAUAAAUAAUCAAGUAAGCCAGCAAAUCCUUUCGCAUUUAGUAUGCCUCCAAUUAUAUAAGAUGAUGUUCCAAGCUAAUAAGUGGAUGCUGGAGCAGGUAUCUAAAAAGAAAAUACUGAAUCUCAAUAAUAAAAAAAUCCUUUUGUAUUUUAAAUGCCCACUAUCAUCAAAGAUGAUGAAUAUGAAAUAAAAAAUAAUCAAGACGAAGAAGAAUAAAAGUAAUCCUAAAAUUAGCAGAUUCCAGCAUAAAAGAACUCUGAUUAGAAAUAAAAUGUCAGUAUAGACAAACCUACCUCUAACUUUGAUGAUUUUGGUGCAUUUGGAACAUUUACUCAAACGCCUUAGGUGAACAAAAAUAGAUCAGAUAGCAAUGCUUUUAGCUAGUUUUAAUCUUAUUCUGGUGCAUAAGCAUCUACUUAGCAAUAAAAAGAUUUUGGAGAUCCAUUUUCAUAGUUUAGCACUCAAAGUAAGCCAAACUAAGGAAAAAAUGAUUCAUUUAGUAACUUUGGUAAUGAUGCAACUUCGGCAUUUGGAAAUUUUGGUACAACCAGUAACGCACCAAAAAUUGGAAGCAAUUCCCACUUCGAUGCUUUUAAAUAGAGUCCAGCAAAAGAAGGAGGUGAUUUCAAUAAUAACAAUUUCUUCGGUGGAUUUGGUAGUAGCAACUAGGUUUAGGAAUAAAACAAUUCAUUCUCCAAUUUUGGAGAGCCAUAAACUAAAAAGUGA